AGCACCAGAUUCAAGAUGGCGGCCAGCAGGAGGCUGAUGAAGGAGCUUGAAGAGAUCCGCAAAUGUGGAAUGAAAAACUUCCGUAACAUCCAGGUUGAUGAAGCUAAUUUAUUGACUUGGCAAGGGCUUAUUGUUCCUGACAACCCUCCAUAUGACAAGGGGGCCUUCAGAAUUGAAAUCAACUUUCCAGCAGAGUACCCAUUCAAACCACCCAAGAUCACAUUUAAAACCAAGAUCUACCACCCUAACAUUGAUGAGAAGGGGCAGGUCUGUCUGCCGGUAAUUAGUGCUGAAAACUGGAAGCCAGCCACCAAAACCGACCAAGUAAUCCAGUCCCUCAUAGCACUGGUGAACGACCCCCAGCCUGAGCACCCACUCCGGGCUGACCUAGCUGAAGAAUACUCUAAGGACCGUAAAAAAUUCUGUAAGAAUGCUGAAGAGUUUACAAAGAAAUAUGGGGAAAAGCGACCUGUGGACUAAAAUCUGCCAUGAGUGAUUCCAGCACGUUUGAGCAGAGCCCCCGAGCAGUGCAUUCAGAUACCCCGCAAAGCAGGACUCUGUGGAAAAUUGACACGUGCCACCACCUGGCGUCCGCUUGUGGCAGUUACUAACUUUCUACAGUUUUCUUAAUCAAAAGUGGUCUAGGUAACCUGUAAAGAAGGAUUAAAGAAUUCAGAUGUUCUAGUUCUGCUUGCUUUGUUUUAAAAAUCACUGCUUUAGUCUACUUCGAAAGAAUGCCAUUUCUUUUCCUGCCCAGACUCAAAGUUACUGUUAGCCCAGAAGGUUUUCAAAAAAGUUGUGAUUCCCUCUCCUCAUCACCUUCUUCUUUUUCAAUCCCACUUCCACAGACUAAGGCCCCGGCUCCCCACAGAAGCAGCAGCCCUUCUCCUGUGCCACACUGCCUGUGGGUGAUAGCUCAAAUCCCCUAAUGCCAUCUUAGUAAUGUGCUUACAAAAGAUUAUAAAACAAUAUCAACCCCCCCCCAAAAAAAAGAAUGUCUGUGCAAAGGGAAGCUGCUUUCACAUAAAAUCUUAGCAAAAUGUUUCCACAGUAACAGACUCAAUGGGCAGACCCCACACUCUCAACCCGUGGUCAGGCUGUCUUUGUAGGGAACCUGCAAUACCAGGUUUGUGGUGACCUUGGAGGGAGGGUCUGCCAGCAGAGAAUGCCACACACUUGUGUGAUGAAUUCUCUCCAUCAGCAGCCCUCCUUGCAGCUGUGGUAGACGACCUGCUGGUUAUCCCAGGCAAAGCAAAAGCCAGAAUAUUCUUUUGAAAUCUCAAGCUUCUCCACCACCAAGCUCUGCUGAGAUGUGCCAAGGAGCCCCCACUCCUCAGCACAGUAGGCCACCAUUGUUAUUCUCCGCAUGGUUUGCAUCUUGUGGGAUCAGCAUUGGUGGCUUCUGCUUUGUAACCAGCUGCCCCUUCCUCAGAGCAGCUGCAGGUGCAGCCCAGGAACAGGACGGCCUUUCCCUCCCUCUGGAUUCAGCCUUUCCAGGGUCAAGCUCACUUGAAGCUCACUCAGUAAUAUCCUUUCAAUGUGUUUUAUAUUGUUUCCAUUGCCUUUUUUUGUAGAAAUAAAAUUUGACCUUAGAAUUUA